AUGCAUUUCACACUGUGGGCGCUGGUUUUCUGUGCUUUCUUAUUUGAUUCUAUGAUUGAAGCCUGUAGCCCUUGUACCUGUAAACAGUCAUCGAUAUGCUCUGGACAAUACGCAGAUUGCGAUGGAAAAAGAUUAACAGAAUUACCCUCCACACUCCCCAGCGACACAUGUCAAUUACUUAUUGCCAUACAGAUGGAUUUCGACAGUGCUAUUAAGAAAUUAUUAGCAGCACAACAGAGAUUAAGACAGAGAAGAAGAGAAAAGGAAUUAGAAGCUAUUAUUCGUAGACAAAGAAGAAGAGAAUGGGAAUUACGCAGACAAAAUGCACGGCUCUUACGAAGCUUACAGAAAUUCAAAGCCAAAGAAGAUGUUUACACCAUCAGUUUUAAGGAACUUCCAGAGAACGAGAACAGAGGAUUUAUUCGCCGUUUAUUUCGGGACAUGCUUGACAACGUGAAAUAUCAGAUGCAGUGUAAUCCCAACGAUUAUUUACGGCUGAAUAUUCGUCACCCGUCUCUGGAUUCAGACAUUUGGUACGAGUUUACCCAAUGUAAACAUUUCAACGAGGACCUGAUUUUAGACAAAAUAGAAGCCGUGCAACAAUCCAAAAAGGAUUUUAAAAUCACGGACGGCGCUGUGGAAUUCGACAUGUUUCAUGUCAAAUAUCCGGAAGGAAGUGGUGGACAAAAUACGAAACAUCUACAAGUGAAUAAGGAGAGUUUCAAGAAGGGGAAACGAUCUAUCAUUCAGAUCGAGAAUCCUUGGGAUGUUUUGUGUCUACCUCGAGCCAUAGUCGUCGCCCGUUUACACAGUCAAAAACCAGAAAACCCCGACCCAGAAUGGGAAAAACAAUGGUUACGUAUGCGGAAAGGCGAUAAAUACUUAGACCAGAAACGGGAAGCCACAGCACUCAUGGAACAAGCCGGGUGUGAUACAAAUCAACCCUGUGGCCCUGCAGAGUGGACGAAGCUACAACAAGUGUUAGCCCCUGACUAUAGACUGAAAGUAUUUCAGUUCAAGUCUACAUCCUCUAAACUCUGUUUAGAACCCGUUUACAAAGGCUACGGAGACGGAACUUGUUUGAAUGUUCUGUUAGACGACCAGCAUUACGAUGCCAUCCUAUCUAUGCCAGGAGUGACGGGCAACCCUUAUUACUGUGAUCAUUGCGAUGUGGGCUAUAGUCAUAUUGAAUACCAUCGGACCCAGUGCCCUCAUCGCUGUUCCUUUUGUUUAACAAACACCCCUUGUGCUCCAGACGGGACUCGCAUUCAAUGUCACGAAUGCCAGGGUUUAUUUAAAAGCAGGACUUGCUACGAGAAUCAUUUACGGCCUUACAGUAAAAAUACCACGACCACUGUGUGCAAUUUAAUGGGCCGAUGCGAGCACUGUGAGAAAUGGAUGGGUAAAACAAUACUCGCUCAUCACCAGUGUGGAGGACAGAAACAAUGUAAGAUCUGCAAGAAAACCGUAGACACCGAUCAUCAGUGCUACGUUCAACUCAAGCCAGAAAAAAAGAAGAAGGGCAAAGACACCUUACAGUUCUACAUCUAUUUCGAUUUCGAAUGUACCCAGGAAAAAGGCACCCACAUCCCUAAUCUAUGUGUGGCUCACCGCGUAUGUCAACAUUGCGGUCACUUACCCAUAGAAGAUCCCUGUCCUCACUGUCGACACAUGGGAUCCCGUCAACACGUAUUUCAAGGACCAGAGACCUUAAGACAGUUCAUGGACUGGUUAUUACAACCCGACACAGGAAAUAAGAAUUCCACCUUGUUACACGACGAAGCUGUCAUCAUUGCCCACAAUUUUAAAGGCUAUGAUGGUCAGUUUAUUUUGAAUUACUUGGUGCAUACGGCCUGUAUGAAACCUACAGUCAUCAUGAAUGGCAGUAAGAUCUUAUCCAUGCAGAUCUGUGGACUGAAAUUCCUGGACUCGUACAAUUUUUUACCCUUUGCUCUGGCUAAGAUGCCUUCAGCUUUUGGGUUCACAGAACUGAAGAAAGGAUACUUUCCCCAUUUUUUCAACACAGAACAGAACCAGAAUUACGUGGGACCUUACCCGCCAGCGGCUUACUAUAAUCCAGACGACAUGUCUACGGCCGGACGACAGGAUUUUUACGAAUGGUACACACAACAAGAAGGAAAAGUGUUUGAUUUCCAGAAAGAAUUUUUAGAGUACUGUAUCUCCGACGUGGAUAUCUUGCGACGAUGCUGUGUUCAGUUUAGGGGCACACUCAAGAGCCUGGUCAAAGUGGACCCCUUCCAGGAAUCCAUCACUUUUGCCAGUGCCGCCAAUUUAGCCUAUCGUCGAGGAUUCAUGCCCAAAAAUACCAUUGCUAUCAUUCCAAAUCUGGGUUAUGAACCUGCUCGUCAAUAUUCCAUGAAAGCCUGUCGUUGGCUUCACUGGAUCUGUCACAAGAGUGGCCAAGUCAUUCGACACGCUAGAAACGGGGGAGAAGUGAAAAUAGGAAAGUAUAUGGUAGACGGAUACGAGGAAGCCACCCGUACUGUGUACGAAUUUUACGGCUGUUAUUGGCACGGAUGCCCCACCUGUUAUCCGAAUCUAAAGACUGAAACUCAUCCACAUCGUACAAACUUUACGUAUCAGGAAUUAUACGAAGAAACCCUGAGACGGAGUGUAGUCUUACAGGAAAUGGGGUACACCGUACACAGUAUAUGGGAGCACGAAUUCGAUCAACAAGUACAAAGAGAAGUGAAUAUACAGACCUUCCUACAACACCUGGACCUUCAGGAUCCCUUAAAUCCUCGCCAGGCCCUAUACGGAGGCCGAACCAAUGCUACACGCUUGUAUUGCCAGGAAGGGGACAUGCGAUACGUGGACGUCUGUUCCUUGUAUCCCUACGUUUUAAAACACAAGCCAUUUCCAGUGGGCCACCCUGAAGUCAUUACUGAGAAUUUUCAAGACGUGAGAACUUAUUUUGGCCUGAUCCACUGUCGGGUCUUACCGCCACGAGGUCUCUAUCAUCCCGUCUUACCUUAUCGGACGGGAGGCAAGUUACUGUUUCCUCUAUGUCGAACGUGUGCCGAACAUCAAGAGCCUACCUCAAGCCAUUCAUGUCGACAUAACGACCAACAACGCAGUCUCACGGGGACCUGGGUGACGACAGAACUACACAAAGCUUUAGACAUGGGGUACAAACUGGAUCGUAUCUACGAAGUAUGGCAUUUCCCUAAAAGCAGUACGGAUUUAUUUAGACAAUACAUUGAUACUUUUUUGAAAAUCAAGCAAGAGGCCUCUGGAUUCCCGACCGACUGUCAGACGGAGGAACAGAAACGAGCGUAUAUCUAUGAUGUGUUGAAUCGAGAAGGCAUCAUGAUGGAUCCUUUGAAGAUUGAAAAAAAUCCAGUGCUGAGGACCAUUGCUAAAUUGUUUUUAAAUUGUUUGUGGGGAAAAUUCGCCCAGCGCCUACUCCUACCCAAAACUCGAUACUUGUCAGAAGAAGAGGAAUUACAGCAACUCUUACAAGACUCUACUUUAGACAUCAAAGGAGUAGAACUGUUGGAAAAUACAGACAACCCCGAUGCAGACAUGAUGUUGGUCAAUUACCAGGAGAAACAGGAAUUCGUCGAGGAAUGCCCUUUUGGAAACGUAGUGUUGGCCUGUUUCACUACAGCUCACGCUCGUUUGCAUCUGUAUGAAACUUUACAACCCUUGGGAGAGCGGACCCUGUAUUUCGAUACCGACAGUAUCAUUUAUCAACAUAAGGAGGGACUGUUUAACCCUACCAUUGUCAACAGUUUGGGAGGAUGGACGGACGAAUUAGAUGGGGACCGCAUCAUUAAAUUCAUGUCGGGAGGGCCUAAAAAUUAUGCUUACGUCACAGCCAAAGGAAAAUCUGUGUGCAAAGUCAAAGGAUUGACUCUGAACUAUCGGGCCUCCCAGAUCGUGUCUCCAGAGACUUUAGAAAAAAUGUUGAAGAAAGAAAUAGAUGAAAUCCAGGUCUCCUAUCCCUACAAAAUACAAAGGACCCGUCACCAUGAAGUCAAGACCAUGCCUUUAGAAAAACAAUAUAGAAUUGUGUAUGACAAGAGACAAAUUGUAGAGAAUUAUAACACUUUGCCUUAUGGUUAUUAA